AUGAGCAAUUCUUCGGUUACGAAACGUCGCGGACUACCCGUUCAACAAGCAACAACGCCUACUGCAACUUCUUCUCGAGUAACUUCUUCUCGAGCAACUUCUCGAGCCACUUCCUCUCGAACCAUUCCUCCUCGAACCAUUGUUACUCCUAGUUUUUCAAUUGAUACCAUCGACCCCAUUGUUACUAUUGCUCCCAUUACUGCUACUAUUGCUCCCAUUACUGCUACUACUAUCAUUCUUGGUGUUAACGAUGAGAUUCCAAUGGACUUGGAUGAACUUAGUGAUAGUGAAGAAAGGAAAGGAAAAGCUGUAUACGACGAUAAUUCAACUUCUGAUAAAAAAGGGAAAAGGAAAGCCGAAAAUAUUAGCGUGAAAAAUUCAAGACCAAAAAAGAAGAAAAAGAAGUCUCCUAACAACGUAGAAAAACGACUAGCACGCGUUCGAACCAUCUGUUCUAGAAAAAUCAAGGAUCGUAUUAAUCGUGCCACUUCUCAACGUAUGUAUUUGAUCGAUAGAAAAGAUCUUAGCCCGAUAAAAAAAGAAUUUGCAAUUUUAGGAUCAACUGGAAAUGUUUAUACCGUUACUAUUUCUCACAUUCCUAACUGUACUUGUCCAGAUUUUCAAGGAGCACUCAUAUCCAAGGAACUUAGAGUGAUAUUCUCAAGAUCCCCCGAUCUCACAUCUCUGGCAAGUUAUCGUGUUCGUUCGUUAUAUUAUGCGAUUUCUAGAGGAAAAACUGGACGUGAAUUUGGCCCAAAACGUCGUCCUAUUGAAGGAGAUUGUCCAAUAUGUUAUGAAGCUUUGACACCCGAACAAAAGGAUAAGAUCUUAUGGUGUCAAAACGGUUGUGGAAAUAAUAUUCAUAAAGAAUGCUUUCUUCAAUGGAAGGGAUCGAGGGUUUUUACAAAAGUUACUUGCGUUUAUUGUCGCAUUGAAUGGCACGAAUACAUAAAUGAAAGAUACACAGAGGACGGAUUCCUUAAUCUCGGUCACUUCCAAUAUGGCCUUGGUGUGCUCGGUAUGAUCGGAAGAAUUAGAGAUACAGAAGAGUAG